AUGAUCAAUGAAUCCGAAACAGAACUCACCUGUCAUCGUUACGUGGACGAUCAUCCGGAUCUCACUAACGAAUUGGCGGUGAUGAUCAUUUUUGCCGUCCUCUAUGUGCAUAUAUUCGUACUUGGCAUUGUCGGAAAUGUUGCCGUAUUGUAA